AUGGCCGACGACAAGAAACCCACGACGCUAGCCCCGCCCGCCGUGACUGCGUUGAAGCAGGAAGCCGUGGGCUCCGUCGGCCACCGACAGAACAUGGAACGUACUGUUAGCCAGGACAUGCGCAACGAGCGUGCAGACCUCAAGGAGGCAGCCGAGCACAGCCUGAACAUUAUUAUGGACUUGGAUCUCGAGGGUAAGAUUCGCUAUGUCAGCCCUUCGUGGACAGACGUCGUUGGCUCUCUACCCAAGGAAGUCACUGGCAAGCCUGUGCUAGAAAUCAUAUGCGGUGGAGCCGAUGGCUUCGCCGACACGAUUGAGUCGGUUAGGAAGGACGAUUCUAGGAGCCACAUUGCCCGUUUCACCGUACGACUAGGACCUCAUUCUAUCCUACGCAAGCAUCAAUCGAGGCACGCUGCUGAAGGUCAAGAGUCAAUGCCCAUGUCUCCCACCCAUGUGGAGGAGGAAGAGGAACAGCUUCUGAAUCUUGAAGCACAGGGCAUCAUGGUCUACGACCGAACGACUGGAGCCGAGAGCCAUACUAUGUGGAUGGUCCGGCCAUCAAUCAUCCGCGAGGUGACCAUUGAUCUUCCAGAAGUCCUCGUCGAAUCUCUUGGAGUCGGCGCCGAGGUCCUUGCCCAUUACCUCACUGGCCUGGCCGAACAGAGCGCCACCGACCCUGGCGACGUCGCACCACCGCUUCCUGUCCUCUGCCGAAUCUGUGAACGACAGAUCACGCCCUGGUGGUUCGAGAAACACUCCGAGUUAUGCUUGCAAGAGCAUCGUGCGGAAAUGGAUGUACAGAUGGCUCAAGAGACACUUUCCGAGCACCGCAAUUCUAUUGUAAAGGUCCUAGAUACACUCGAAUCCCACAGUCAGCGUUCAAGAGCCGCAGCAGUAGACUCCGUACAACCGCUUCAGCCUGCUGAGUACAAGGGGCUGAUCAUCCAUUCGACAUCUACACCAUCUUCGGGUACCCCUUCAGGACGCAACUCCCCUGCAUCACCGCCCUCGAGAUCACGCGAGCGCUCCGAGCGCUCAACUGGAUUUGGCCAUCAUCGCGCACGAUCAUUCGCCGUACGACGACCUUUAGCCCGCAUCGUUGAGCUGGUCCUAGACUUGUGCGACACCGCACUCGAGAUCAACACACCAGCGGUCAAGGACAACGGGCGUGGUCUCGCAGCCACCGAGAUUCGUACACAAUCGCCGCAGUCAGAGAAUCGCAUAUCGCAGGUUCUCCAAUGGCAAUCGCCUACCACAGGCUCCGUGGACCAUACUGAAGGCCUGAAGUUACUGUGUGAAGACACUAGCAGGCUUGCUAGAGCAAAGAUUGAUGCUGUUACUCGCCACAGGAGGGUGCUUGAGUACUCUGAACGUCUCCGAAUCGAAUUCGAUAUCCUGGUCCAGGAAUGCAUCGAGGCUGCAAUCCUGAAAGCCGCUCGUAUCGCUGCUGGUGAAGACAGUUCUUCGGAGGACGAGCAACCCGAAGAAGAGAUGCCAUCAGACGCCAAUCAUACCGAUACAGCCCCUGGUGAAGAAGGAAUAUUUCCUGGAUCCUUCGAUGCCCCUUCUUCUAUGGCACAAGCGCUCCGUAACACAGCUGAUGCUUCAUUGCCGGCACGAGUGGGACGUCGUGAAUCUUCCGUAACCGGUUCCAAUCGUUCUAGCAGUCCGAGGGGAGGAUGCCAAACACCACGCUCUCAUGUGGGAGCUAUCAGUAUCGCAACCCAUAGCAAGCGCCAAUCUAUGCAUUUCGAAAGCGAUGCCGGGGCUGAGAGUGACACCAGCAUGCGUUCAUCUGUCUUGUCUGGUCCUCGUCGAGCGGACUCACCAGCGACAUCCGAUGUAGGGCUGAGCAGGGUAGCAAGUUCACGGGAACGCAAGCGUAAGAGCUUGAUACUACCCAGUGUGAUGUCUAGUAGACAGCAUUCGCCUGCUCGCUCCAUGGUACCCCCACCAUCUUCACCUCUCCGAAUGACCAAGCCACGCCUUCCAAGUGGUAUUGAGGCCUUGCAAUCACCCAUUACAUCACCCAUCCUACCUACCACCGAAUUCUCUUCGCCAGCAAUGAUUCAUGCUCUCAACCAUCACCGCAGACAGUCGUCUACCGCGGGAUCAGACGGUCCAAGGCCGAUUUCUCCUCGCUUGAUUCCCACCACACAGCCCCAACCACGCGCAGUACCUCCGUCAAUCAAGGAUUUCGAGAUCAUCAAACCAAUCAGCAAGGGUGCUUUCGGUAGCGUUUACCUUGCCAAAAAGAAAUCUACCGGAGAAUACUACGCUAUCAAGGUGUUGAAGAAGGCCGACAUGGUUGCUAAGAAUCAAGUCACCAAUGUCAAGGCUGAGCGAGCCAUCAUGAUGUGGCAAGGUGAAAGCGAUUUCGUGGCCAAGCUGUACUGGACGUUUUCGAGCAAAGACUAUCUCUAUCUUGUAAUGGAAUAUCUGAAUGGUGGCGAUUGUGCUUCGCUGAUCAAGGUCCUCGGUGCGUUACCGGAGGAUUGGGCGAAGAAGUAUCUUGCUGAAGUUGUACUUGGGGUAGAACAUCUGCACAGCCGGAGCAUCGUCCAUCGCGACCUCAAACCAGACAACCUUCUCAUCGAUGGGAAAGGCCAUCUCAAGCUUACUGACUUCGGUCUAUCGCGCAUGGGUAUGAUUGGUCGACAAAAGCGUGCACUAAAGUCCGUUGAGCCUGCGCCCGACCUACUUAAGACCGGGCCGUUUCAUCGCGCCACGUCCGUGGGGUCUUCACGAUCUGCAUCCUUUGAUCUGAACCACUCACCCUCACAGACACCUUCUAUGACACCUGCUCUUGCUGGAGAUAUCGGUCAGCCGUCGUACUUCAGCCUGAAUCGUGAGAGCUCUCAACAAAGCCGGGAACCUUCAAGGCGGACCUCAGGAACUCGGAGCGAUAGCCAGGACAGCGAUGCACUACAGGCUAUGUUCCGUCGCUUCUCCAUAGCCGACGAUUUCUUUGGCCAGCCUCGUGGACGAUCGCCGAUAGAAGAGGAGGCUUACAGUGACGAUGGCUCUCCCGACCUAUAUCCUGCACCCAAUUCAUUGAGUCAGUCCGCGAUCGCUCAGAACAGUGCACUCGCGCCAUCGUCCUCCGCAAUGCCACCUCCACCCAUGACUUUGUUCGAUCCGGAAGAUAGCGACCGGAAGUUCGUUGGCACUCCUGAUUAUCUUGCCCCAGAGACCAUUGCGGGUAACGGUCAAGACGAAGUAAGCGAUUGGUGGUCACUAGGGUGCAUUUUGUUUGAAUCCUUGUAUGGAUACCCUCCAUUCCACGCAGAUACGCCGGAUGAGGUAUUCCAGAACAUCCUUGCGCGCAGAAUUGACUGGCCUGAGGAUGACGAUGAGCUAUACGACAUAUCAGAUGAUGCAAAGGAUCUCAUGAAUCGUUUGAUGUGUUCUGAUCCUGCACAGCGACUUGGAGCCAACAAGGAUGAUAAAUACGCUAGCGGUGGGGAAGAAAUCCGAAGCCAUCCAUGGUUCGCAGACAUCAAUUGGGAGACUUUGCGGGACGACGAAGCAUCCUUCAUUCCGGCACCCGAGAAUCCGGAAGAUACGGAGUACUUCGAUACUAGAGGAGCUGCCAUGGCAAACUUCAGCCCUGAGUUCCAAGAUGAAGCAACCACACCAGCGGGUACACCAAGUACCGAUUAUCCUGACCGACCUCAUGAUGCUCUGUCCAGGGUACGAUCACAAGUGACUGUGUCGACUAUGAAGCGCGGGCUAAUUCCUCUUCACAUUCCAGCGCAUGUGCGAGAGGGCAGGUCACGGAGACUUAGUGAACCAAUGUUGACUGACGACUUUGGUAACUUCAGCUACAAGAAUCUACCUGUCUUGGAGAAGGCAAACAAGGACGUUAUCCAGAAGUUGCGCGCAGAGGCAAUGCUUCCACAGAACAAGCCCGCGCCUCCGCUGCAGUCUCCUAGUGUGACAUCAGCUUCGCCGUCCUUGGAAACUAGUCCGAUGUUGCCAGGCCCGCUCAAACGUACCCUGUCUACCAACAGGGCCAACGGGCGGCCUUCUUCUCCCUCAGUUAGUGGACCGCAUUCCUCUCCCAGUCGCGGCUCGCAGCCGUCAUCUCCAUUACUCGUACAGUUUAGCACGGGACAGCAUCAUGAUCGACGCAAGACGUCUAGUAGCUCGUCCACGCUGUCACAUUCGACAAGCAAUCCGUCAUCGCUGCAGCCAGGUAGCUUCUUCGACCCGUCUCGCAUGUCAGGUUUGCGACCCUCUCCCGAGGCCGUCUCGCCGAACAGGCUCUCGAAAACACCGUCAGCGCCAUCUGGGAUUUCUCAAGAGAAGCCUGGUCCCGGACAACGUCAGUCAUCUCUAGGACAGACAGCCGCUUCGUCACCUCGCGCUCGGUCACAAACUCUUGGGUCCCAAGAGGACGAUGUUGUGCGCGAUCUAUUGCCAGGACACUACAAACGCCGGAGUCAAGUACUUGAUGUUUCCCCUUCAUCAUCCGAUACGGAAGAUUCCCGUGCAAAAGCGCUCCUUCGAGUGCAGCGACGCCGGCAGAGCUCUCGAAGGCUUUCGCAGAUCAGUUUCGGCGAUGGGCCUUUCUUUCGACCUUUGGAUGUAUUGAUAUGCGAAGACCAUCCUGUAUCACGACUCGUCAUGGAAAAACUAUUGGAAAAGCUACGCUGCCGCACUUUAACAGUUACCAAUGGGUCUGAAGCUAUACGGUAUGCCAUGGGUGAAGUCAAGUUCGAUGUGAUCAUGAUGGAAUUUCGACUACCUCAGGUCAAUGGCGCGGAUGUUGCUCGCAUGAUACGAGACACUAAGAACGCCAAUACACAUACACCGAUAGUUGCUGUUACUGGAUACCUGAAGGAGCUACAGGCGCCUCACUACUUCGAUGCACUCAUCGAAAAACCGCCCACUGUCGCUAAGCUUACGGAUACGCUGAGUCGGCUUUGCCAGUGGAAAGCGCCUCCGCCAGGCUGGACACCGAACCAAAUUUAUCCAUCGAUGAUGCCCUCUGGACUUCGACAAGAGUCUUCGCGUCAAGAAGAUAGCCCAACUACCUCGAACUCUUCCGGCUAUCCACCCGUGCCUUCUGCCAGCUACCGAGGCUCUAGCCGCGAACACUCCAUUAGCUCUAGCUUCUUCGGGGAUAACGACAGUCGUGCAGGCGAAGAUAUGCCGGUGAGAAUUCACAACGCUGAUGAUUGGAGGGAGCGCGACAUCGCACGAGCUAUGGGUGGCUUGGGUAUCUCGGAUGAUGCAGUCAAUGCCGAUCCCAAAACAGCUGUUCCCAACCGUGUUGGUGCACCUGACCUGCCCCACGGAGAUUCUGCGCCAGCCGUUCUCGAAGAGGCAACGAUCCGCCGUCAGCGAUCGACCGAGCAAGUAGGCGCGAAACGUCGCAUACUAGAGACACGUAAACAUGAGUCGGCAGAGUCUGGGGAUGAUGAAGACGAUGAGUUAGGUCACGCACCUGUCCGCACUCGCAGUCCGAAGUCAAGACCAAAGUCCACUUCAAAGCUUGGGAUCGAGAUGAUGCGAACAAACAGCAGAGGCAGUGUGAUCUCUGUUGAAGACAUUGGCCAAGCUGACUCGGCACUACCUUCUUCCCCACCUCCAAUGAUCACGGAGGAUCCCGCAGCAGAAGAACAUGAAGGCAGCCUCGACGCACCGACAGUCGCACCUGUGCUGCUCACACCGCCAGUGAUGUUCCCCGAAGAGCCUGGCGAUGAUGUGGCCGACUUUGUCAUCGAAACACCCAAGCCGUACAAGGAUGCACCUAGUCCAGAUCCGGAUCCCACACCUAAAGCGAAGUCUGCGAGAACACCAGACUCCGACCCCACAACAAGACCGAACAGUGCGACGGACAUCUAG